AUUAUAUCAAAUAAAAAAAAACUACCGUCAAUAAGACUGAUCGAAUAAAUAAAUACUUUCGAAUUGUACGUAUUUGAAAAUCUACAAAAAAAUGUUUCCAGUACGUUCAAUUUCGAUGUUGUGUCCAACAUUACGCAGCAUUGGAAUUAGAAGUGCAACAUUAACGAUGCCAAAACCGUGUAGAUUCAUAGAAAAUAAUAUAAGUGUUGCAACAGCCGUGCAAUUCGGGAGUGUGCGUCACUAUGCCAAAGGAAAACAAAAGGAAAAGGCACGAAAUAAAGGCGUUAAAUUUGCGACAUACAAAUUACCCGAAAGCCAAUUAAAUGAGAUUGUAAAUUUGGACAAAUAUCGACAGAAGUUACAGAAGCCAGUCGAUACAUUGCAGUCGGAUUAUAUAAAACAUUUAUCGUUGCGUUCAACAACCGGUUCAAUUGAAACCGUCAAAGUCAAAGUCGACGGUGAAGAUCAUGAUUUACAAGAUAUCGCCCAAAUUAUUCGAAAGAAUCCGAAAACCAUUGUUAUCGAUAUGAUUGCAUUUCCGCAAUGGAUUCCAGCCGCCUUAUUGGCCAUGCAAAAAAGUGGCCUCAACCUCAAUCCACAACAAGAAGGUACAACAAUCUAUGUGCCCAUCGCAAAGGUGACCAAGGAACAUCGUACCACAUUGGCGAAAAAUGCAAAAGCAUUAUUCAUCAAAUGCCGUGAUGCAAUCAAAAGUGUUCAAAACGACAUACUCAAAAAGGUUCGAAAUAACACGAAAAUAUCGCAAGAUGAUAAUUUUGCAGCACAAGGACAAUUGACGGAAAUGGCCAAUGAAUAUGUGGCACAAGCCGAACAAAUUUUCGAAACCAAACAAAAAGAAUUGCUAAACUAAUCAUGUCUUUCAAAUUCAAUAGAAAUUCAUUAGACAGCCCAAUCAAAAAAAAUUUUUUUUGCUUUUGUUAAAAUAAU